UCCCACGCGAGCUGGACUUUAACCUGACCGCCGAGAGUCGGGGGAGACUGUGGUAGGCGUGGCUCAGCUCGGCUUGUUUGGAGCUAACCGUGGAGUGGCUCGAGAUGAGGCAACUUGAGCCCUUGUGGAAGCGGGCUCUUGAGGCUCGAGUUUUGUCUUCUCUGAACUAAGCCUGUCUCCAAGGGAAGAGGGAAUAAAGCUGAAGAGAGAAGAAAGAAAAGAGUAGAAAUGAAUAGUGCUUAUGAUCCUGAGUAUGACUGAGCAAGCAGUGAUGUUCAGGGAUGUGGCUGUAGACUUCUCACAGGAGGAGUGGGAAUUUCUGGACUUGAAGCAGAGGAACUUGUACAGAGAUGUGAUGUUGGAGAACUACAGCCACUUGGUUUCAUUGGGACUCUCUCUUCCUAAACCAACUUUGAUUUCCUUUUUGGAACAAGAUAAUGAGCCUUGGAUUGUUGAGAAAGAGUCACCAAAAAGCCUAUACCCAGAUGUGAAAUCCCAAUGUGCAACAAAGGAGUUAUCAUCAAAGGAUGACAAUUAUGAAAUGAAGUUAUCUCAAAGGAAGAAAAUGGAAAGACUUACAAUCCAUGACUUUGGAUGUUCCAUUUUUCAAGAUGAUUGGAAGUAUAAUCAUCAUUUUCAGACAGAACAGAGAAAUCAAGAAGAAUAUCUUAAAGUUGUGACAAUCACCCAUGAAAAUAUGCAAAGUCUCAGUCAACAAAUAUCCUAUAGUCUACAUCAGAUAUAUCAUACUAGGCAAGAACCCUAUGAAUGCAGAGAAUGUGGGAAAGUCUUCAAUUACCACUCACUGCUAAUUCACCAUGGGAGAAAUCACACCAAAGAAAAAUGCUAUGAAUGUAAGGAUUGUGGAAAGGCUUUUAGCAGUUGCUCAAAACUUACUGGACAUCAGAGAAUUCAUAAUGGAGAAAAACUCUAUGAAUGUAAUGAGUGUGGGAAAGCUUUCCACCACCCCUCAAAUCUCAUUUGACAUCAGAGAAUUCAUACUGGAGAAAGACCCUAUGAAUGUAAGGAAUGUGGAAAGGCUUUUAGUCGUGGCUCACACCUUACUCUACACCAGAUAAUUCAUACUGGAGAGAAACCCUAUGAAUGCAAAGAAUGUAGAAAAGCUUUCAGUUACCACUCAUCCCUCAUUCGACAUGAAAAAACACAUACUAAAGAAAAACACUAUGAAUGUAAAGAAUGUGGGAAGGCUUUUAGCAACAGCUCAAUUCUUAAGGGACAUCAGAGAGUUCACAGUGGAAAAAGACCCUAUGAAUGUGGGGAAUGUGGGAAAGCCUUCCAUCACCACUCAAUCCUUAUUCAAUAUCAGAGAAUUCACACUGGAGAAAGAUCCUAUGAAUGUAACAAUUGUAAUAAAGCCUUCCGUUAUCAUUCAAAUCUUAUCGGACAUCAAAAAAUUCAUUCCAGAGCAAAACUCUUUGAGUGUAAGGAAUGUAGACAGUCCUUUAGUCAUAACAGAGAACUUCCACACCAUUAAUGAAUUCAUACUGGUGAAAAACUUUAUGAAUGUAAGGAAUGUGGCAAAUCUUUUGGUCAAGGAGCACAACUUAUUCAUAAUCAGAUAAUUCACACUGGUGAGAAACCCUAUGAAUGUAAGGAGUGUGGGAAGACCUUUAUCCGUGGUUCGUGUCUUACUCGACAUGAGAAAAUUCAUAUUAGAGAAAGAAAAUCUCUAGUACUGUAAUGAAUAUAGACAAUCCUUUGCUUCUAAGUAAUCUCUUAUGGGACAUCAGAUAAUUACUAGAUGAGAACUCUGUGAAUGUAGAAAGUAUAGGAAGGUCUUUUGCUUUAUUUUAUAAUUCGCAUCAGAGAAUUCAAGCAGGAGAAAGGCCACAUGAAUGUAAUAUAUAAUAAAUUUUUAUUUAUCUUAA